AUGGCGGGCAGAAACGAGCGGGUGUCCACGUACACUGCUGGCUCAGGCGAUACAGACGGUCGAAAUGGCGAACAAAGGAAGAACCUCUGGACAUCUAUGCUGGAGUCUGUUGCCAGCGGGAAACGCCUCCCAGAAAAGAAUCUUCUGGUGCUAGGUGGUACCCCUGAGACGCAACGAGAGUUCAUCGAAUCCUUAUCUGGCACCAACGCACGACGAAAUUUUGACAGACAAAAGACGCCGCCUGUAGCGAAUAACUUUGCCCUGGGAUAUACCUACUACGACGUUUUGGACACUGAUCAAGAUGAUACCCUCGCCCGAGUCUCGCUCUAUCUCCUCUCACAACCGUCCGGCGAAUUCGCAUCCCUCGUUUCCCCGCUCCUAACGCCCGAGUCGGUUUCUCACACAGCCAUCAUCAUCCUUCUGGACUGGUCGCAACCGCACCAAUGGCUCCGCCAGAUCUGGCGCUGGAUCCAGGUACUAGAGGAGGUAAUGGGCCGAGUGAGCAGCGAGGCGCGCAACGAAAUGGAGGAUAUCAUGGCUUCGUGGAAGGAGCGUGGCCGCGUAGGCGCACCGACGAACUUGGACGGAACGCCAACUGCCACAGGGACGAGUGGUGACGGCGACGGCCAGCUGCCUCUGGGUCCCGGCGAAUGGUCCGAGCCGUUAGGUCUACCGCUCUGCGUGGUGUGCCAAAAUGCCCAAAAAAUGGAGUUCCUAGAAAAGAACAAGAGCUGGAAAGAACCCGACUUCGACACCGUCCUCCAAUAUCUCCGAACAAUCCUCCUCCGACACGGCGCCUCCCUCAUCUACACCUCGCAAAACACACCCUCGCAGCUCCCGCUCCUCAUCCACUCCACCCUCGGCAUAACAUCCCUCCUCAAGCGCCAACCGCUCAAGCACAACGUCAUCGACAGAGACAAGAUUGUCGUCGCACCGAACUGGGACUCAUGGGGCAAGAUCCGCAUCCUAGGCGGCGCAUUCGACGCCGAACUCGUCUCCAAAGGCUGGGAGGAAGACAUCAAACUCCCCGCGGGGACGGACCCCGUCCCAGACCAGGAAUCCCGCUCGCCGCAACAUCCCAGCGCGAUAGCCCAAUAUGAAGAAUGGUGCCGCGACCCCAACAGUGGGGGUCUUGCUGUCGUCGAGAGCGCCAUGCCAGACGGCCAGAUCGUCAGCGUGGACAGCGAGAACCCGCAGGAUUUUCUGGAGAGACAGCUCAAGAUCCUGGAGGCGUUCAAGGCGAAAGCCCCUGAGAAGGGGCCCAGUCCACUCGCUGCGGGGCGGAGGACAGAAUUCCCUGAAGAGAAGAGCGUUAAUGAUCAUAUUGGUCCUGUGCAGUUUAACAUGGGUGGCAUACAAGUCGAUGCGGAUGACAUGCUGCAGCGUCUAAAGGAUCGGAAUGCGCAUGCCUCGCCAGACGAGGAGGAGGAGGAGAUGGAUGAUGGACAGGCGGCACACAUAGCCAAGGACUUUGACAAUGAGCAGUUGCAGAAUUUCUUUAGUGGGCUUAUGAAUCGGACGGCUGGGGCGGCGGAUGCUCCUCGCUCAUGA